AUGAGCCGGGCACUCCUCCGUUCCGUCUCGGAGCUCCGGCUAUCUUCGCAGCGCCUGUUCGCCAAACCUGCCGCCUCAAUCGUCCCGUCCGCGCGCACCUUUAACACCACACCCCCGAUUGUCGAGCCCAUUCCGACAGCGCACAUCAAGAAUGCGGCCAACCCGACCAGCAACCAGGCGCGGCCUAUUGCUCUAAAGAAGAGCCAUCCUCUGCCGCCCCCCAAGCCCAUCGACGACUCGGUCAAGAACCUCCUUCCCUUUCUCGCCGCCCAGCCGGGCCACUACAUCACCGUCCACAUCCACGGGUUUCCCUACCUCGUCCAGGAAGGCGACCAGAUCCGCCUACCGUUCCGCAUGCCCGGCGUCUUGCCGGGUGAUGUGCUGCGCCUGAACCGCGCCAGCGUCCUCGGUAGCCGCGACUACACCAUGAAGGGCGCGCCGCACAUUGACGAAAACGUGUUCGAGUGCCGCGCGACGGUGCUGGGCACCGAAUCGGAACCCCUGCGCAUCAAGAUUAAGAAGAAGAGGAGGACGCGUCGUGCACGCCGGGCCACGAGCAAGCACCGAUAUACCAUCCUGAGAAUAUCCGACCUGACGAUCAAGACUGCCGAAGACAUCGAAAACUAA